AUGGAAGAUGAAAAGCCUUCCGUCGACACGAUCUCCAACAUUACCAAGGACAUCGAGUUAAAGGGAGGCCUGUCCAUCCCCGAUCCGGAUGAGGGCUUGAGCGAGGAGGAAAAGGCGAAAAUCGAUCGACGACUGCUUUGGAAGUUGGACUGCAGGCUCGUUCCAUGGUUGAGUUUGUUGUAUCUUGUUUCGUUCUUGGAUCGGACGAAUAUCGGAAAUGCAAAGCUUGACGGUUUACAAGAGGAUACCCAUAUGAGCGAUACACAGUACAAUGACACUCUGACCAUCUUCUUUAUCUCGUAUUCCGUCUUCGAGCCGUUGACGAACGUCCUUCUCAAACGUUUACGGCCCAGUGUCUUUAUUCCUAUCAUCAUGACAUUAUGGGGCCUCUGCAUGACCUUCAUGGGCUUCGUCCACAACUUCUCCGGCCUCAUGGCAGCCCGCUGGUUCCUCGGACUAACCGAAGCCGGCCUCUUCCCCGGCAUCUCCUACUACCUUUCCUGCUGGUACAAACGGUCUGAAUUCGGCGUGCGAAUGGCCAUUUUCUUCUCCGCCGCCGCUCUGGCUGGUUCAUUCGGUGGAUUGCUCGCGGCUGCAAUCGCCAAGAUGGACGGUAUCGGUGGGAAAGCCGGGUGGUCCUGGAUCUUCAUCCUCGAGGGACUGGGGACGAUCAUUAUCGGGGUGCUCUCGUUCUGGAUGGUUUAUGAUUUCCCGGAUGAGGCCCGGUUCCUGUCCGAUGAGGAUCGGAGGCGUGUCCUGCGUCGGCUUGCGGAGGACCAGCAGUCCAGUGCUGAGCAUGAGCAGUUCCGGAUGGAUUACCUUUGGGCUAGUCUUAAGGAUUGGAAGACGUAUCUCACUGCCAUUAUUUACAUGGGCUGUGAUGGGCCGUUGUAUGCGUUUUCACUGUUCACUCCGACUAUCAUCAACCAACUAGGUACCUUAAAUCUGAAUGAUGGAAAGAAAAAGAAGAAAAGGCUAACUGAAACCAAAAGGAUAUACCGCUAUUCGAGCACAGCUGCUUAG